AUGACGACCCGCUACACAGACGAGGAGUGGAGCAAGAUCAUAGCAGAUGUCGAGAAGCGCAUAAAAGUCGAUGAAAGCACAAAAUAUUCCCUGCCAGAGAUCGGGAGCGAAGACUUCACAAGAACGGUGGAUCAUACACUUCUGAAGCUCGAUGCGAAGAGUAAUCAAUUCGACGAUCUCUGUGCUGAAGCGAGAGUCAACAAGUUCGCGACCGUCUGCGUGCGUCCAAACUGGGUACAAAAAUGCAUCACAAAUCUAAAAGGCAGCGGUGUAGCAGUCGCAAGCGUAGUAGGUUUUCACGAAGGAACAUAUGAUCUUUCCGAAAAACUCUCAGAUGUGCAAACCUCCCUCACCUCCGGCGCAACCGAACUCGACAUCGUCAUAAACUGGCCCCUCCUAAAAUCCCACCAAUACUCAAAAAUCUACACCGAACUCUCCACCCUCCGCACCUCAGCCCCACGCCCCACGCUGCUAAAACUCAUCCUCGAAACCUCCCAAUUAACCGCCACGGAUAUCAUAGCAGGAUGCGUAUUAGCUGACGCCGCGAGUUUCGAUUUCGUAAAGACUUCGACAGGGUUUUGUGGAGAUGGGGCGAAAGAGGAAGAUGUGAGGUUGAUGAAGAGUUGUUGUGAGAGACUUGGGAAUAAUGGGACGAUGAGGGUGAAGGCUAGUGGUGGGAUUAGAACGUUGGGGGAUGCGGUGAAGAUGUUGGAGGCGGGGGCGAGUCGGUUGGGGACUUCGGGGGGAGUUUGGAUUGCGAAGGAGGCGAGGGAGAAGGUUGAGGGAAAGGAGGGCGAGAGGCCUGGGAUGGCAACGAGGUUGUUUACGGAUUAUUAGGGUUGUGAUCGGGAGGAUGGAGGUGAAUUGUGGGUGAGUGGAUGAGUGGAUGUCUGAUGAGCGGCACCAUUUAUGAGCCAGCUGUCAGAGGAGCUACAGUUGCAGCAGCUAUGCACGGUUGGUUGAGCAUCCUACGGUCUCCCAGUGAGCUACCUGCAAAGUCGAAAUAUGAACAGUAGCCUUAAAUAAGUAGAGCAUCGAGGUUGCAGUAUAUGCCGUUACCAG